GGCACCCGCUCCUAAACCGCGACCGGAUUGGCCGCGCCUUCGCUCGCUGCCGUGUCUUUUCAUUGAAGAGCUGCUUCCCGUUCGGACGCUGGGAAAAUGUUGGUGCUGGUACUGGGAGACCUUCACAUUCCUCAUCGCUGUAAUACGUUGCCAGCCAAGUUCAAGAAGCUGUUGGUGCCGGGUAAGAUCCAGCACAUUUUGUGCACAGGCAAUCUUUGCACCAAAGAGAGCUAUGAUUAUCUUAAAACAUUGGCUGGAGAUGUCCAUAUUGUCAGAGGAGACUUUGAUGAGAAUUUGAAUUAUCCUGAGCAGAAAGUGGUAACAGUGGGCCAAUUCAAAAUCGGACUGAUCCAUGGUCACCAGGUGAUCCCAUGGGGUGACAUGACCAGCCUGGCUCUGCUACAACGGCAGCUCGAUGUCGAUAUCCUAAUAUCUGGGCACACGCACAAGUUUGAGGCCUUUGAGCAGGAGAGCAAGUUCUAUAUCAACCCAGGUUCAGCCACAGGUGCUGGCAAUGCACUGGAAGGAAAUAUCAUCCCUUCAUUCGUAUUAAUGGACAUUCAGGCAUCCACAGUAGUCACUUAUGUUUAUCAGCUGAUCUCUGAUGAUGUAAAAGUAGAACGGAUUGAAUACAAAAAAUCCUAAACUUUUGCCACAACUGCUUUUUUAUAAUUUCAUUCCUUCUUUCCUUUUCAAUUUCUAUCCCCCUUUUGAUCGUCAUGUCUUCAAAUGUAUAAUAUAUGUAAAUUGUAAGUUUAAUUUCCACCUAAACUAGCUAACUAUUCCAGCAAUAUGAAAGGAACUUUAUUGCACGGACUGAUAUAAGAGUAGUUUACAAUCUUGCGGAAGAAAGUGCCACAUUCUUGAAUUACUGAGGGUUUUCAAUCCUGUAAAUAUUUCAUUUUGUUAAUGGUGUAGUAUAUCAUGUAAUUAAUAUGCAUGAAAUUCUGAGCCAUUUUUGUUUAUUUCUGCUUUCUGAAGCCCUGCUGGUCUAUGUAAAGUGCUGGUCCAUCAUCCACAAACACAAAUAAAUGUUCUUUCAAGCCCUUGAUGUUAA